UGCUAGCUCUCGCCAUUCCCCCACAAGUUUGAAUCACCCGCACCGCACACACGAACGAAGCAUACGGCGAAAAAGGACGCUUAGGCAAUAUUCAAUAGAUGCAUAUAUCCACUGUCUCAAUGCCUGCACCAAACAGUUUCCAUCCUGUUAACUGACUUUGAUAUUCCGAAGCACGUGCUGUCAUGGGAACUAUAAACUUUACAGGAAGUACCUUGACGCAUGCGUACUGAGUGUCUUGACACACCGAACAACAACCGACCUUAAAACCUGUAGUAAUAGGUUAUGUUGACUCGGAGUGAUAGUCGGAGUUGGAGAGAUCAUGCACUAUGCAGAUCGAGAGUUCGGGAUUACUGUUAGCUGCGGUGACGCUGAUCAGUGUUUUAGUUGAAGCCAAAGAGCAGUACGAGUUGCGAGCGGCGAACCAAGACCGCUUGGUGUACGACCUCUUCACGAAGAACGGGUACAAUCCUCUCAUCAGACCAGUAAAAGAAGUGAACGAUUCCCUCCAUAUAGACUUCAGUUUACAGCUUAGCCAGAUUAUAAGCCUGGAUGAAAAGAACCAGGUGAUGAAGACGAAUGUGUGGCUGCAAAUGUACUGGAACGACACGCAGCUGUUCUGGAACACCGCGGAGUACGGGAACAUCGACUCUAUCAGGAUCCGACCAGAGUCGGUAUGGACGCCGGAUAUCGUGCUGUUUAAUAACGCCGACGGUAACUAUGAAGUAACAUACAAGUCCAAUUGUGUCAUCUACGCCACCGGCGAAGUCAACUGGAUCCCCCCUGCUAUUUACCAGAGUUCUUGCACCAUCGACGUCGCGUAUUUUCCCUUCGAUCAGCAGGAAUGUGAGAUGAAAUUCGGUUCUUGGACGUUCCAGGGGAACCAGCUGUCGUUUGGGUUCAGGGAUGGACGUACAAAGCUGGAUCUGACAGAUUAUCUGAAGAGCGGUACAUGGGAUUUGAUUGAUUGUCCUGGAGAAAUUGUGAAUGAAACAAAUGGACGUGAAAUACGCAAAUUGAUUAUUUUCAAAUUCAUACUAAGGAGGAAGACCUUGUUCUACACAGUUAAUCUUAUCAUCCCGUGUGUGCUCAUCAGCUUUGUCAGCGUCUGUGUGUUCGCAUUGCCCGCAGAUGCCGGAGAAAAAAUCACACUGUGUAUAUCCAUCUUGCUGGCGUUGGUCGUGUUUUUGUUGCUAGUUUCAAAGAUCCUCCCUCCAUCAUUGAGGAUACCUUUGAUAGCCAAAUAUUUACUAUUUACGUUUAUUAUGAAUAUUAUAGCCAUUUUGUCGACUGUUGUUAUUAUAAAUAGAAAUUACCGGAGCCCUCGUACUCAUCAGAUGCCAGAAUGGGUACGAAAGCUAUUUCUUUACUAUAUUCCAAAGAUUUUACUCAUGGAAAGACCGGAUCAUGAAGAGCGGUGGAAGAAGAAAGAGAUUACUCCGCCACCGUCGUAUCAGAACACACCAGAAACAAGGCGGGUGCCUCUGAAUAUGACCUCAGACCUCCUAGAACUAACGGAGAUCCACCACCCUCACUGCAAAUUGAAUCCUCCGCUAGACCGCGGGAAUGGCAUUGACGACGGGGAAGAAGCUUUCAGGAUGACGCCUGACCUCUACAAGGCAACAGAAGCAGUGAGAUUCAUCUACAAACACUUGAAAACAGAGGAAGACUAUGAAACAGUGCUAGAUGACUGGAAGUACGUCGCACGAGUUCUGGACCGGAUGAUGCUGCUCAUUUUUCUCUUCGUCACGUUCGGUGGAACAGUGGGGAUCCUUAUCAACGCGCCGCAUAUUCUCGAAUAUGUAGACCAAGAUAAAAUUUUGGAAGGCUGGAAAAAUUGAGAGGAGACAAUGACGUCUUUGUAUGUGUAUGAUGGCACCACCCUUUGGUGUCUAGAAGACCGACAACAGGGUGUUUUCAUGUGACAAUUGUCUGGUCACGUGAGACAGAGUCACAACACUUCUUGAUCACGUUGGAAACCUUUUCAAGGACGUGCAAAGUCUGUGACAAGUAUGACGUCACAAUGACGUCAUAAACGAAGGAUAAACGAUCGUGCAGUAAGGCAAAUGAGGCCUAAAAGGCUCUGAGGGUGAAGUGUGUAUGUUGUCUUAUGCAACGGAUGUCGACUUGUUCUUCAUCCAACCUUUGACCUUUCCAUGCUCUCAUAAACAUGAAUGACGAGUCACUGUUUGAAGCGAAAUGGGUAUUAUAUAAUCCCGUCUCCUAGUUUUCCCCCGUCGUAUUUCUGUGUACACACAAGGGCGCUCAAGGAAUAAUCAUCAUGAAUGCAAAUGGUUUCAAUUCUCAAAAUGGAUUCUCACGAGUGUUUUUGUUUUCAAUACGUUGUUUACUUUCUAGAUGAUAUUUAUUUCAUGUGAUAGAUGGUACAAUUCACUGACAAUGUCAGCCGGUUUGACAUUGUGAUUGGGCUAGCGUAGAAUUACCAGUGAAGAUGUUUUGAUACAUACGUAUAGUUAUGCUAUUCACAAUAGUCUACGCCAGUAAACGGUGGGUAAACAUUUAUCGGGUUACUGUUGACCAACAAAUGAAAGCAUGUUUAGGAUGUUUCUACAUGUGGAUUAUACGUUUGGUGAAUUUAUUGGAGUUAAGAACUUGACAAGAAUUAAUUAGACAUAAACGCUUGUUAAAUUAUGUUCUGUUUGACAUAUAUUUUAUACAGGCGUGUUUUGGUGCAGUUUUGUGGACUGGUAUGUCAUAUCUCCCUGUUCAACCGUAAAUCUCUGGGUAAAAUAGGAUAUUAUAAAAUUGAUCUGCACUAUUUAGAAGGGAUCAGCCAACAUACGAGUUAUGCAGGAUUUAGAAAGGGUCGACCAACAUACACGUUAUGCAGGAUUUAGAAAGGAUCAACAAAUGUGCAAGUAGGCAGAAUUUAGAAAGGGUUCGAAUUAUUGUAGCAAACAUAUAGACAGGGACUUAUCUCCUUUACCCGUGUAUUGUUAUUUGUUACUUAAUACUUCUUUUGAAUGCGAAACGAAAACAUGUCAUACUUAUUUCAAAAACACUCAGACCAGUAGAUUUCAAAAUCAGGGUUAAAUGUAAAAGAUGGAAUGAAUGUAGUCAAAUGGCACUGAAAAUGGUUGUAAAUUACUCUGAAGCAAUAAUUCAUUUGCACGCGAGUUCUUAUUUUGUUUGGUUCAAAUAUUGAUAUUUGCGCGGGUAUCUGUUCACACUAUUGCCCUAUGUUACUUAUAUCCUAUUGUGUUUCACUGUUUACAUCCCUUUUGUUAGCUCACCUGGUCAGCAGGUGGGAGUCUGUCUUUGGUGGCGGUCUCAGACAUUUUAUCUCAUAAUCUCUAGUUAACGUCCCGAAUGUUGUGUGUCGAACCCUGGGUUGGCUUUAUAUUAAAACCAUUUUUAGAA